CCCAGAGCCUGACAGACAUUCAAACAAUUUAUUUAAACAGCCAUGAGCUGUCGCCCCUGAAAGUGACAGUGAGGAACUUUUAUCUGGUCUCGGUUUAGUCCUGAUAUGACCUCCAUCAGUAAACGAGUCCAUGCGGAAUUAAAGGACUUUAUCAAAUAAGUACAAUUAUUUUGGACUUUCAUCACUUAUACAGCAGUGACACAUUCAUAUAUUAUUCUGCUGUAUUUUUAAAAAUUAUUAUUAUCAUUAAAAAACGUUGAUCAAACUGUAUUUUAGGGAAGAAUAAGAAGAGAUAAUUCUGAAAACUGUUGAGCCGUCUCCAAACCAAAUUAUUCUACCUUCUGAAAGUAAUCAGUCCCUCAAACUGCUCCUCUUACUGGAAUGAAUUAAAGGACUAUUCCUUAUUGAAUAAUACUUUUUGGUUAAGAAGGUUCCUAACGAAGUAAAAUGACCCGGAAGUAUAUAAGUGCAUCUUCUUAUGAUCAGAAUAUAAUCUACAUUACAACAAAGAGUAUUAUGGGUUAGUGAUAGAUCGUAUUUAAUUCAGCAUGUUUGAAACUGAACACAGAGAGAGUUUAGAAGCUUUGUACUUUGUGACAACCCCUUGGCUUCACUUUUAUAUUCCUUCUUUCAUUUUUAUUCCUGCUUCGUCCAUUUAUUAAUCGAACCAGCUUGUUAAUGUUGUUAAUAAAGUUUUGGAAAAAAGAAAAUCGCCCGACGCUAGGUUGCGAAAGCCAAUCAGUGUUGAGAUGCUCCCGCGUCAUCACUGACGUCAUGCCGUUGGUGAUGCUAAUGCUGCUACUCUAGUAGCGCUAAAAGCGGCAGUUAUCCAGACGUAGUCCGUGAAAGUCACCGAGUUGUGUGAGCCUCCGGGUGAUGUUAUGAACCCAAACACGAGGGUGUUGAAUGUUCCGACGUUUGUGGGAUGUCAACAACAACUAUAGAGCAGAAAUAGUGGUUAGCGAAAAUGAUAACUGUUUUUACAGUUAAACCACGCCCCUUUCCGGCUCAAAUGAAGCUAAUUAUUCACAAAUAAUUGAGCAAAUAAACACAUACGACAACGCUUUACUCGCUUUUUGGUCCGAACGCAGCUUCAGCAAACGAACGAAGUAUCUAAGACGCGCUUUUUUGUAGUCCAUCUCCUGAACAUUGUAGUUUUACCGCCGCGGGGUGACGUCACUAACGUCCGCCGGCCGUCGCCUCAUAACUACGUAGUCGCAUGCUCGAAACAACGCGGGUUUCUUUUCCAAACUCCUCGUGAUUUCUUCUUCCCAGCUUUUCCUUUUUUUUCUUCUUUUUCUGUGGACGUUUUACACAGAGGUCAAGGAAAAGUGAUUAAGACUAGGAGUUAGGAGGUAACCGCUGAGUUUUGGACUAUUUGACGCCAGCCAGUCGUUAUUUUUGAGCGAUAGAAUGGCGCAGAAAGGAGUUCAGCUGGACCGGGAGACCUUCUCUUGUUGCAUCUGUCUGGAACUCCUGAAGGAUCCGGUGACUAUUCCCUGUGGACACAGCUACUGCAUGAACUGUAUUAAAACCCACUGGAAUAAAGAGGAUGUAAAGAAACUCUACAGCUGCCCUCAGUGUAGGCAGGACUUCACACCGAGGCCUGUCCUGGGGAAGAACACCAUGUUGGCAGAUUUAGUGGAGGAGCUGAAGAAGACUGGACUCCAAGCUGCUCCUGCUGAUCACUGCUAUGCUGGACCUGAAGAUGUGCCCUGUGAUGUCUGCACUGGGAGGAGACUGAAGGCCUUCAAGUCCUGUCUGGUAUGUUUGGCUUCUUACUGUAAGAAACAUCUUCAGCCUCAUUAUGACUCACCAACAUUUAAGAAACACAAGCUGGUGGACCCCUCCAACAAGCUCCAGGAGAACAUCUGCUCUCGUCACAAUGAGGUGAUGAAGAUCUUUUGCCGUACUAAUCAGCAGUGUAUCUGUUAUCUCUGCUCUGUGGAUGAACACAAAGGCCACAACACAGUCUUAGCUGUAGCAGAAAGGACCAAGAGGCAGAAAAAGCUGGAGGGGAGUCGACUAAACAUCUACCAGAGAAUCCUGAACAGGGAGAAAGACCUGAAGCUGCUCCAACAGAAGGUGGAGGACAUCAACGUCUCUGCUGAUGAAACAGUGGAGUACAGUGAGAAGAGCUUCACUGAGCUGAUCUGUCUCAUGCAGAAAAGAAGAUCUGAUGUGGAGCAGCAGGUCAGAUCCCAGCAGAGAACUGAAUUGAGUGGAGUCAAAAGGCUUCAGGAGAAGCUGGAGCAGGAGAUCACUGAGCUGAAGAAGAGCGACGCUGAGCUGGAGAAGAUCUCACAGACAGAGGAUCUCAACCAGUUUCUACUCAACUACCCCUCACUGUCACCCCUCAGUAAGUCCAGAGACUCAUCCAGCAUCGACCUCCGUCCUCUGAGAUACUUUGAGGCCGUGACAGUCGCCGUUUUAGAAAUCAGAGAUGAACUACUGGAAUUCAUGGAAGAGGAAUGGCCAAACGUCUCACUGCCGUUGAGAGGAGUGGACAAUGGCAGAGGUCAAGAUCAAGUAACCUAAAUCAAGGAAAAAACGUCAGCCUCGUGAUGGAAAUGGUUGGAGUCAGCCUCGUGAUGGAAAUGGUUGCAGACAGCCUUAUUCUGAUGAAGAAGAUUGGAGUGACUGGUCCUGAGUUGUAAACUAAAGUAGACAGCAGUCAUUUGAGGGUUAAACUCAUUUAGUCUCCAUGUUUGUCUGAGAGCUGAUUGUUGAGGCGUUUCUUCGCUGCACUGAGAUCAGCUGUCAGUCAAACAUUCUGGCUGCUACUUCAACAUCUUCUCGAGUUGUUCUGUACAUGUUUGAGUUCCUGUAGGUGGCGCUCUUUCCAGUGUGUUUAUCCAUGGAGGCUCUCAUGAUGACGUUUGUUAUCAUUUUGUUGAGUUUGAUGCCAUUGUAAUCUUCACCGAGCUCUAAAUGUCUGAUUUAAUAUUUCUGUUGAUGCUUUUCUACUGUUGUUUCUCUUCCGAUGCAUGUUUAUGAAGAGAGGAACUCAUCAUCUUUAACGUGGCUGAGUCUCAGGUCCUCUGAUUGUGUGGAUGAAGUGAAUCUGUCCUUGGAAUCAUUGAUCAAGAGUCAUUUCACAGACUUUACUGAUGUGUGUGAGAACAAACUGAAUGUUUACAUGAUGAAUAAACAAAUAUGAAAAAGUA